CAUUAGUUGUCGGUGACGUACAGCUUCCGGGUUGUCAUUUCCUUCACUUCAAUCUUCUCCACGUCUGUGCAAUUGUGACAUAUGAUUUAGAAUAGUCAUAAGAAGCCCAAAGAUGGCAAAUUAAAUAUGAACACUAUUUUUCACAGAGCGGCGCGUACAUUUGUUGUUCUGUGUUGACCCGUGUCAGCUAACUAGCUAGCAUGUUGCCUUUUCUGAGCGCCAGAUAAUAAUAAGUAUUUAAAAAAACAUUUAUUUACCUCGCCAUGACCGGUUUGCGAUGUCGGACGUCGGACACUUUCCAGGUGGCCAAAGAAGACGAGGACAAACGAAGCGACAAUGGUAAAGUCAAUGAUGAAGCGGCUGAAGAAGAUUGUGAGCAGAAAGAGGACGCGUCAAACAAACGAGAGUCGACUGGAAGACCAUCUGAACAUCCUUCUGCGUUGAACGCCAUUCAGCGUGUACUGCGGCUCUUAUUUGGAUGCUUGGCGGCGGCGGUGUGCGGCACGCUGUACGCCGCCUACCUCUCAGCGUUUCACGAGAGGAAGUUCUGGUUCUCGACGAGACAGGAAGUGGAGCGGGAGCUCACCUUCCAAGGUGGAAGCGGUAUCUACUACUACUACUACAAACACAUGCUGGCGGCCACGUCCUUCAAUAGAGCAUUCUACGAGCUGACGACGGACGACGGGACUCUCGCGGGACAAACCAUCAAUGCCGUGGAGCGUCUGUCUUUGUAUCCUGAACUCAUCACCAGCUACAUUUACAGAGUCUCGGGCAGCCAGGAUUUUGUGGAGCCCAUCUACUUCUACGUGGGCACGGUGUUGGCGCUGCAGGCGGUGUACGCCACGGCGCUGUUCGUCUGCAGCUGGCUGAUGAGCGGCACCUGGGCGGCCGGCGCGCUGGCGGUGGCCUGGUACGUGGUCAGCAGAGCCGACGCCACCAAAGUGGAGCAGGCGGUUCCUCUGCGGGAGAACUGGGCUCUGCCGUAUUACGCCUGUCAGGUGGCCGCGCUCACCGGCUUCCUGUCUAAUAACAUCGGAUUGGCCGCUGAGUUGCUGUGCUAUCUGACCAUGAGCGCCACCACCUUAACCUUCCUGCUGGUGUGGGAGCACAGCCACUACGUGCUCUUCGUCCAGGCCUUCUGCCUCUUCCUGCUGGACUCCUUGGACCUGGUGCCGCCUCGGAAGAUGUCCGACAUCCACAAGGUGUAUUUCAGCUCCUUGCUGCUGGCCGCCUUCUUUCAUUUUCACACCGCGGCGCUGCUGGGCUCGCCACUGCUCAGCCUCCUGAUCGGCUCCGGGCUGGUGAGGUACCUCCAGCAAACGAUGAAGAAGGGCCCCCUGGUGGCGAGAGUGCUGAAGCUCUUCCUUUAUUUCCACCUGGUCUUCAGCACAGGCGUCACCUUCCACUAUUUCAUCAAGAAAGUGGUGCCUGUAAGUGAAGGUCAAUUCGUUUGGAAGUUCCUCGAGGUCAAGUUUGGCCUCAAUACGACAAACGACUUUGUGAGCAACUUCCUCGCGUGCCAAGAGAGUCUUCGCUCCCCCGGUCAGGAUUUGUUCCUGCGCCUCACUCGCACGUCCGUUCUGCCGUUCUACCUGCUGGUGCUCGCCGUCUGCGUCGCGUCCGCGCUACAGGCCGUCUGCACCAGACUCAGCGGUCAGCCGACGCAGAGCGGCGAGCGGCGUCCCGAAGACGGGCACGUGGGUGAGCGUCCCGAGGUGGUCUACCACGUCUUUCACACGCUGAUCUUCGGCGGCCUGACGCUGCUCUUCGACGGGAUGAAGUACUUCUGGACGCCGUACGUGUGCGCCUUUGCGGCAUUUGGCGUGUGCUCGCCAGACCUGUGGAUGACCGUCUUCAGGUGGCUCAGGGUCAAGUCGGUCCACCCCGUCGUGCUGUCGUUAAUCCUGAGCAUCGCCGUGCCGACCAUCAUCGGCUUCAGCCUUUGGCGAGAGUACUGCCCCCGCAUCCUGGCCGACCUGUCGGAGCUUCAGGAGUUGUACGACCCCGACGCGGCCGAGCUGAUCGUCUGGAUCCGGACUCGCCUCCCGGCGGCGGCCGUGUUUGCGGGCAGCCCCCAGCUCCUGGGAGCCGUCAAGGCGGGCACCGGCGCCGCCGUCACCGGCUUGCCGCUGCACUCGGAUGUCGACAUGCUGAGGAGGAGCGAGGAUACGUACCAGGUGUACUCCAUGCGCUCCGCCGAGGAGGUCUACAAGAUCCUGACCUCCCGCAAGGCGAACUACGUGAUCGUGGAGGAGUCCUUGUGCAACCAGCUGACUUCGGAGCGCGGCUGCCGCGUCAAGGACCUGCUGGACGUCGCCAACGGCCACGUGGUCCACGACAACGGCGAGACGUUGGCCUUCUCCCGGCACCGCCGCUUCUGCCACGAGAUCAAGACCAACCGCUCGCCCUACGCCAACUACUUCACCCGCGUCUUCUGGAACCGCUCCUACCACGUCUACAGAGUCAACGCCGUCAUCUCCUUCCAGUAUUAACGCGCACUCGUAGAACGACUGUCUCUUACUAGUCACAUUUUUCCACUACUAGUGCCACUUUUGGCCUACUAGGACACAAUAAACCUUACUAGUAAACUACUGUGCUGCACUCGUAACACUACUAGGCCCAACAGGUAGGCCUGUGUCACGCACUAGUAGUUUCAUGGACCCUACUAGUAGCACCAAAAUACCCACUAGUAGUUUUACCUAGCUAGUAACGUGCAGUUGUCCCACUAGUGUGCAGAAAUGUCAUAUAGCAGUGGAAAUCAUUUUUACUAAUAAGGCGCAGUCAUUCAACUAGUGCGCUGAAUUGUCUUACUAGUAAGGAAAUAGUGUACUAGUAUGUGGAUAUCAAGGAUAUGAAAGGAAUAAAUGCUGAAACAGCUUUCCAAAUAGAAGUGAACAUUUAGAAUUUAAACUUGCCAGAAUGCAGUUUGUCCCCAAAAAAAUACAAAAUAAAAAUGUACUCACAUUUUGACUGCCCAUUAUAAUCACGUAAGACAAAAAUAAUGGCCAGUCAAAGUUGUUUUUGUUUUUUUUGGGGGGGGGGAGACACACCCUGUUGUCUGUACUGUAAUUUAUAAAAAUGUGCAUUUACUGUUCCUGUCUGCUGAAACUUGGAUUUAUUGGCCUUCAGCACGUCCUGCGAUAAUGAUGAUGUCGCCGCAUCAGGCCAUAGAUUUGUUGCUCAUGAGGCGGCUUGUAAAAUACACACAAUAUAAUACAAUCAUUGUGUUCACAUAACGUGAAUAUGAUGUUUGAAGGGAAGCAAGAUGGACAGCUGAGUGGACAGUAUAGUAUCGUUGCAUUAGUCGUGCCUCAAUAAAGUCUGUGUGUGUGUGUGUGUGUGUGCGCGCGCGUGCCUGUGUGUGUGUGCGCGUGUGUGUUUUGGGGGCUGUUGCUGAUAUUUUGCCUUCACGGGUCUCUCGGUCCUGAUGCUGAGUUGUCCGUCACUCCUUAAGUUGCCACAUUGUUCAAGUUUUUAUUAAAUUGCUAUUUUUAAUUUACUUUUUCUCCUGGCAUAAAAUAUAUUUCCACGUCAUCAAGCUUUUGUUGAAAUAAACUGACAUUUUUGUAUGACCUAG